AUGGCUCUGGCGACCGGAGUUGCCAUAGCAGGCGCGAGUGCUGCCGCAGCUUACCUUGACGCGAAAUAUCACCUCUCCAAGGACAUCGCUGUCAUCCGUGAACAGAAACGAGUCGCGAAGCAGGCACAAAAGCUAGCGAAAGGAAACAGACUCUCCCUAUGGUGCCAAUUCGAAGAGCAGGCACAAAGACGGACACAUCAGCCAUGCAUAUGGUAUCGACAACGACCCACCGACCCUGUGACGCGAUAUACGUGGACAGAGGCCUACGACAACGUCAACAGAUUCGCCCACUUCCUUCUUGAGAACGGCGUCCGACCCGGCGACCUCAUGGCCACGUACAUGCAGAACUGUCCCGAGUUCAUGUUCACACUCUUGGGUAGCUGGGCCAUUGGCAGUGCGCCGGCUAUGCUCAACUCCAACCUGAGCGGGGACGCGCUCAUGCACUCGUUGAACAUUGCAGGAGCCAAGGUGAUAUUAGUCGAUGAAGAUGAAGGAAGCCAGGAGCGUAUACAGGCUGUCAAGAGCAAAGUAGAAGAGCUAGGCAUGCGCAUCAUCGUGCUCGACGCAGAGACGAAAGCCAGGAUACAGACAUUGUCCGCUGAACGACUUGGCGACGAGUAUCGUCGAGGGGUGACGUUCGAUUUUCCAAUCUUUCUGUUCUACACGAGUGGAACGACUGGAUAUCCAAAGGCUUGCGCAUUUCUUACUGGACGAGCGCUGGUGUUGGGUGAGCCUCGACUUCGAUCCACAGGCCUGAAGCCCGGCGAUGUCUGGUACGACUGCAUGCCCUUGUACCAUGGCACUGGAGGCACAAUCGCGAUAGGCUGCAUGAUCACUGGAGUCACUCUCGCGAUAGGACGCAAGUUCAGCGUGCGCAACUUCUGGAGAGACGUUCACGACUCCGGAGCCAAUGCUUUCGUGUAUGUGGGAGAGACUGCGCGGUAUCUACUAGCAGCACCACCCUCACCACUAGACAAAGGCCACAAAGUACGAGCGAUGUACGGCAAUGGCCUACGUCCCGACAUCUGGCAAAAGUUCCAAGAUCGAUUCGAUAUCCGCGUCGUCAACGAAUUCUUCAAUUCCACUGAGGGCGUCCUCUCCCUCCUGAACGUCUGUCGUGGUCCCUUCCACGUCGCCCACGUCGGACACCACGGCGCGAUAAUGCGACGCCGCUUCCACAACAUCCUCGUCCCCGUCCAAAUCGACUUCGAAAAAGGCGACACAAUCUGGCGAGACCCUGUCACCGGCUUUGCAAAACGCCAACCCUACGAAGAAGGCGGCGAGAUCCUCGUCGCAUGCCAAAGCGAGAAGGACUUUGCCGGCUAUUGGAACAACCCCGAUGCAACACACAAGCGCUUCGAACGUGACGUGUUCAGAAAAGGUGACCUCUUCUACCGCACAGGCGACGCUCUCCGCCGCGAUCAAGAUGGGCGAUGGUACUUCCUCGAUCGCCUAGGCGAUACAUUCCGCUGGAAAGCAGAAAACGUCAGUACAGCUGAAGUUGCUGAAGUUCUCGGUCGUUUUCCAGGCAUCGUCGAGGCAAACGUCUACGGUACUGAAGUGCCCAACCACGACGGACGGGCAGGGUGCGCAGCACUCUACAUCCGCCCAGCAGACAGAGAGAACUUUGAUUAUGCGGGACUGGCGAGGCAUGCGAGGAAUGGACUGCCGAGGUAUGCCGUGCCCGUGUUUUUGAGGGUGAUUAGAAGUCCUACGCCGAUGCACAAUAAUAAGCAGAAUAAAGUACCGCUGCGGAAGGAAGGGAUUGAUCUGGAGAAGAUCAGGAGUGGUGAGGCUGGGAGGGAGGAUGUUAUUUUCUGGCUGAAGCCUGGCACGGACAGGUACAUGCUGUUUGAGCAGAGGGAUUGGGAAGACAUCGUUGCUGGGAAGGUGCGACUAUGA